AUGUACCGGAUUUUUAGCACGUACAACCAUCAAACCAGAGACCAAAGCCGGGCUCGACAAAACAGAAAGUAUCAUGGUACGUCGUCCUUCACUGAAAUGGAACUUUCAUGCUGGUUUGGAGUAAGAACUAGCAUGAAAGUCGAUCUAUUACGUACGACCAGCGCGGUUGUUCAUAUUUCAUUUCCUUCUUCCAAACAAGCCCUUCUUGGAGAGCAUUCACUGAGUUACUUACGAUCUCUCGACGCCGAUAAUUUCUUAUGUGCUCAGGUUCGGCUAGCUUCUUCCCCACCUUUUAGCGUUCUGGGCAAUAAAGAAACCCGAAAUCAAAAAGAAAGAAGAGAAAUUGGGCCAUGUUUCCCGAGGGAGGCCGCCUUCUCUCAGGCCAGCAGUCGACUAGAAGUCGAAGACUGCUCUAUGAGGGCUUCCCUCUUUCCUGGGCUCUGCUCGCCCGUCUACGCUCCGACCCAUAAAGUCAUAAUUGAAAAAAUGUUUCCUUACUUGUUCAAGUAA